GUCGGCAGCAUGAGUAACGAUCAGACAGAUACAAUUGAGUUAGAGUCCGGUUCACGGAUUCAAGUGGCUUCGGCCAUGGAUAGUGGCGAUGAGGGCCACUUAUCCCCCACCACGCAUUCCCAUUCCAACAGCGUGUAUGAGACAAGGUACCAAAAGUCUCUUCGCCAUUACCUUACGCGCGAAGCCCUACCUAAGGAGUCCCAUUACAGGAACCUCAACUCGAUCGUCGAUGGUGGAAACGUCCGUCCUACACUAGACGACCUGCACAACAACACCUUCAGAGAGCAACAGCAAAGUACUGGUGCCGACCCAGAAGCACAAGCAGCCAACCUCCGUGGCAAAGUUAUCAAGUUUGGAUGGAUCGAAGGAGUACUGAUGAGAUGUCUCCUCAACAUUUGGGGUGUGAUGCUGUUCUUGAGAGUCAGCUGGAUGGUUGGCCAGGCUGGACUUGUGUAUUCCAUCUUAAUUGUUGUUAUGGCAAAUGUUGUCACAUUGGUUACUACUCUCUCCAUGUCAGCAGUUGCUACAAAUGGUCGCAUAAAAGGAGGUGGUGUUUACUACAUGAUCUCUCGCUCACUUGGCCCAGAGUUUGGAGGAUCCAUUGGACUUAUGUUCACCCUGGCUAAUUCCAUUGCUGCGGCUACUUAUAUUAUUGGUUUCUGUGAUUCCUUGAAGGAUUUACUGAAGUACUACUUCGACAACGCUCAAGUUCUGGAUGGAGGUCUCAAUGACACUCGUAUUGUGGGCACCAUCACACUUGUAGCAGUAUUGGCAUUGGCUAUUGUCGGCAUGGACUGGGUGACUAGAGUACAAAUGGCCCUACUGUUCCUGCUCAUUGGAUCUCAGAUUGAUUUUGUUAUUGGCUUCUUCAUGGGCCCACUGGAUGAUUUGGAACGUGCCCAGGGAUUUGUUGGCAUGUCAUCCGGAGUAUUUACUCAGAAUGUUGGUGCAGACUUUAGGACUUUUGAUGGAGAGCAAUAUGGAUUUUUCGGAGUUUUUGGUGUCUUCUUCCCAGCUGUAACAGGCAUUGUCGCUGGAGCUAACCUUUCUGGUGAUCUGAAGGAUCCAGGCUCUGCAAUUCCUAAGGGAACUCUCCUUGCCAUUGGAAUUACAUUCGUAACUUAUAUUGUGUAUCCAUUUAUGCUUGCUGGAUCAGUGACCCGUGAUGCUUCAGGCAAUGAGACCAUAUUUCAAAACUACUUCAACACCACGGGACUCUUAGAGAACCCAGUGUUCACAAAUGAAUCCUGCUCUAAAACGGGAACGGGUGAAGUUUGUGAAUAUGGCUUAGAAAACAGCUUCCAGGUCAUGGAGUUGGUGUCUGCCUGGGGUCCCCUUAUCUAUGCUGGUUGUUUUGCUGCCACCCUCUCCUCCGCCAUCGCUUCCUUGGUAGGCGCACCACGUGUUCUGCAGGCUUUGGCUAAGGAUAAGCUUUACCCUGGCAUCUACAGCUUCUCCAGGGGCUACGGAGCCAAUAACGACCCAGUCC